GCCUGGGUCCCUCACGUGACCGCAGCGCGUUCCUGCAGGGGGAGCAGAGUGUGGGAGGAGCAACUGCGAGAGACUGUGGUGCCCACCGAGCGUUGUGCGUUGCAGUUUUGGGCAGAAGACCGACGGUGAGGUCGCGAUGUCGGGGCUCUCCCGCCUGCUGCUUUGGGCCGUCGCCUGCGGGGCCGCGCUCUGUGUGCUGACCGCGCCUCAGAACACCACUCUAGACCCGAACACGACUUUAGCGCCCACCAACCACACACUCUCGACGCUGUUGACGACCCUCGUUCCGGCCACCACCCCAGCACCAGAAACCUGUGAAAACCGCAACAGCUGCAUUUCCUGUGUUAAUGCUAGCAAUCCUAUUGCUAAUACUACCUGCUUUUGGAUGGAAUGUAAAGGUAAAAGCUACUGUUCACAUAAUUCAACAGCCACUGAUUGCCAGGUGGUGAACGGUACAGACUUCUGUCACGCGCCCACUGUUGCUCCAUCGCCAACCAAUUCUACAGCUAAAACCACAACUGUGCCUUCCUCUUCUACAACUACUGUGCCAGGUUCGCCUAAUACCACUUUAACUCCGACUUCACAGCCUAUGCGAAAGUCUACCUUUGAUGCAGCCAGUUUCAUUGGAGGAAUUGUUCUUGUCUUGGGUGUGCAGGCUGUAAUUUUCUUUCUCUAUAAAUUCUGCAAAUCGAAAGAACGAAACUACCACACUCUGUAAACAGACCCGCUAGAUUCACAAGGACUGUCACGUAACUCAAUGAAACCAAAAUACUAUCUUUCAAGAUGUCCCACAUGGAAGACGCUAUUCCAGGAUCUUUAAAUUUUCAAAGGAUGCAUAUAAGAUAUUUUGGAGCAUUGUACUUGAAGAAAAAGCAGUUAAAUCAUUUUGUUCAACAGGAUAUUUAAAAUACUCUGCAUGAAUCCUUGUGGCUGUCUUCUUACAUUUUUAACGGCUGCUGCUGUGGGAUUAUGUUCUCUUCUUGAUAUGCCAAAUGUAACUCUGUGUGCGACAGGAGACACUGUCCUGCACAGACGACCUCGUGACCCGUUGCGCAGUUAGAUUUAGUCAUUUUGAAGCCUGAAAGCUGCAUUAUUGCCAUCCUGACUCAGGAUGUAGUGACCAGAACUGAGAAGGUGCUAAGUGAGCAUCAAUCAGGUGGAGUUUUGGCAACCAUUUUAAAAAUGGAAUAAAUGUGUAAGCAUACAACCCAUAAAGUAAACUGUAUUCUUAGAGUAAAAGUUUGUGCUUGAGAAAACAGUCGUUUUUCUGCAUUAGAAACAAAAGGCCACCCAGGGAAUUACAUUCCAGAUUUAAAGAAAUGAAAGGAUACAAACCAUUAAAGUGUAGCAGGUUAUUGUUAAUACUCGUAAAGCACCUUAUAUCACUGAGAAAAUAAAGAACAGUGCCUUAAAAGACAGAUUGAAAGGUAGACUGUAACGUAAAAUGUUUGUGAUUUGUUGUUUAUCAUUAAGGAAGGUGAAAGGUUUAUGUGAGCAGUAGUAAACCUGCUUUUAGAUACCAUGCUGUUAGUACUUAACUGAAAACUUACCUACUUUACUUCAUAACUGAGUAACUUAAACUAAAGGAUGUUACACAAAGUUGAAAGUCUUCAUAUAUUGAACUUCCCAACAUAUUUCUUAUAGCUGUUAAAAAUAGAGAUUAAAAUAGAUUUAAUUAUAUUUUCCUUUGUAUUUCAAAAAGUAUCCUAACACUGUUGUAUCUCGAGGAUUUUUACCAAGCUAUCUUGAAAAACUUUCAUGAGGCAAGAAAUAAUCAGUUGUUUUAGAAUCAUUUACUGUUUAAAUGAGACAGUCAUUUUAAGUUUUGAGACAGCAAGUGUGACCAGUGUAAUUUCAGAAAAUCUAAGGAUUUUUGGUUGAUCGGAUAACUAGGUUUUUAAUGGUUGCCUUGGAUAAACAGAUUAUGCCUUCUCUUUUUCUUUCUUUUUCCUUUUUUCCCAUCCUUCUUAGUUUCAGUUCUCAUAGUAUAGUAAGCAUGCAUGUAUACUUUUAUUUAUUUUUCUUAGGAGCACUACGUUUUUUGGUUUUAGGGGGAUACUUUUCCUUCCCUGCCUUUGACACAUUGGAUUAGUUCAGAGGCUUAAAUUAGUUUAAAAUGAGCUUUUGCUUUUUUAGGUCAUUACAUUUUUUUGUUUUAGUUUCUUUAGCCUAUAGUGGCUGAGUUUAGCCCUUGGUUUUCAAUAUUUUAUGGUAGGAAUGACAGAUUGCUUAGAUCCAUUUCAUAAGCCAAAAUUCCUUGCAUUUAGGUAAUUAUAUUAAAGGGUCUUAAAAUGAAGAUUUACUUGUUUCUUAGUUACUUGCUGGUAUAGCUAAAGUUUGUUUUACUUGCACAUUUGUACAUACACCUAAUGUUUUCAAGUGCCUUAAUUGUUUAAACUCUCUGGCUUCAAAAGUUUUUGGGAAAAGGUAGGUUUACCUCAGAUUUUUGUGUUUCAUUAGUAGUAAUAUUCUAGGUACCUCACAAAAAGUUUUAUUACGGUGCCAUGGCUGUUAGUGCUUAGUGAGUGCUCUAAGAUGCAAGGUACAUUUAAAAGUGUGCAGAAUUUCCAUUCCUCCCAAGGUGGCAGAAAUUGGCUACGACGGUAUAAUUGUCAUUUACCUAGCUAUGAAGACCUUGUCACACGUUGAUGUCAGCACAUAGCAGUGUUUGUGAAAAUGUAGCUGAUGAAGCCUCUCAUCUUCCGUAAUUCUGAGUACUUCUCUAACAACCAAAUCAUGUAAUAUGAAAUUAGGUUUUACAAGAAGAGCUCUUAAACAGAACUCACAGCCUUUUCCCCUUCUUCCUUUAGCAGUUUAGUAUCUGGAGCCAUUAAUAAUUUUUGGGUUUUUUUAAUCCAGAAGGUAUUAAACCUUUCAGAUUUUUCAUCUGAUUAUUUCAUGCAGAUGUAAUUCUAUCAAAAUAGCUUAUUUUACCUUAAGAUAUUUGUUGUACAGGCAGACACUGCUGUGUUAAGAAAUUUCUAUUUUAGUUUAUUAAAAACUGCAAAAUCAAUCUGUAUCAUGUACAAAACUGAUUUAAAAUAAAUCUGCGUGUUUAUUGAAUUAA